AUGGGUGACACCCACAGCAAGGCAGAGGGAGAGGAGAGGGCGAGGGAGGAGGUGGAGGCCUUGCUGGCGCAGACAAAGCUGAAUGAUGAAGCGAAAGACAAGAUCAGGGCCAUCGCCAACAACACGUGUGGGGAUAAAGUGAGCUUUGUUCGGGCUGGCCUCGGCGACAGUGGGGUGACCGCGUUGGCAGAGGCGCUCAAGGACAACACCUGCCUCAAAGAGCUUGACCUGUGGUACAACCGCAUCAGCGAUGAGGGCGCACUGGCGUUGGCGGAGGUGCUGAAGCACAACACGACCAUGACAAAACUCUUCCUGGAACACAACAACAUUGGUCCUGAGGGCGCUGUGGCGUUGGCGGACGCACUGAAGCACAACACGACGUUGACCGCACUCAUGUUGAGGGGCAACCGCAUUGGUCCUGAGGGCGCUGUGGCGUUGGCGGAGAUGCUGAAGCACAACACGACCUUGACUACACUCGACCUGGCACGCAAUUCCAUCGAGGAUAAGGGCAUUCUUGCGUUGGGGGAGAUGCUGAAGUACAACACGACCAUCGAAGGCCUCGACAAUCAGGUCACAUUCCUGCCUGCGAAUGCCAGCCGCUGCGUUCGUUUUUGCCCACUCACCGAGAUCCUUAUCUCAUCCAACAGCAUGCACAACAAUGGUACCACGGAGCGAGCCAUGGUGAAUGUGCUGAAGCAGCUGCAAGUCAUGGACACCAAGGCCAACAUACGGCUGUUCGAGGACAAGCUCAAAUCCUCCACCGCCGUUGCCCGUGUACUGGCCACGCUCCGCAUCAAGCGGCCAGACUUCAACGUCGUCUUCUGCAAGUGGCGUGUCAAAUUUUUCAGAACAAAGGACGACUUCAGCCCUGCCGCCAGGGCCGCCUAUCAAGAUCAGCUUGAUCUCCCGAAACUGCUUGAAACAGGCCCCGUCCCUCUUGGGACAGCGAAGGUGUUCGUGUGCGGCGAUUGCGGCAUCGGCAAGACGACCAUGCUCGAGUCGCUCCCAGAUGCUGAUGAGGGCAGCAGUUACCUUCCCCGAUUCCUGUCAUCUUGGUUCGGGCAGCCACGUCAUGAUCCAGAACAGCCUGGUGCUUAUGGGGUCAUCGGCUACAUUGGGCGAUUUGUAUCAGCUUUUUCCUGGCAACCACGCCACGAUCCACGCCAGGCAUGCGCGCACACGCCCGGCAUUCGCGCCCGUGAAAUGAAGCUCAAACAGAGCCACAGCAGCGAUGACACUGCGUCUCUUCAUGUGUACGACUUUGGUGGAAGCCGGGCCUAUCACGUGAUCCACACGCUCAUGAUGUCGGAUCGCUUCGCUGCGUUUGUCGUCUGCGUCGACCUCUCCCAACCAGAAGAGCACGUGAAGGAGCGCGCCAACUACUGGCUGCAGUUCAUCUGCACGCGACUGAAGCAGGGCAUUGCGGCUGCCACAGCAACAGCAGGCGACGACGAGACAGAAGACACGAAGCCGCGCGUCGUGAUCGUGGGCACCAAGAGGGAUCUUGCCCGAAAGAUUGGGCUUGUUGAAGCAUUUUGGCAGCCCACUUGGAGCGCAGCGAUGGUCGCACACCUCAAAAGAACGUAUGGCAGCAUCGUUGACAUCCAAGACAGCCUCAUCUCCCUCAACUGUCAUGGGCGUGGUGAUGUCAGUUUCAACACGCUUCGCGCGCGCCUUGUGCGAAACUGGCGGUGGAUGAAAGGGCAAGAGGUUCUCGUCCCCAGAGUUGUGGAUCGGCUUGCGACAGCCCUCCAGUCAGCCAGGAAUGAGAAGCCAGCGUGGGUCAUCGAUUCGCUCUUUCAGUUUGUCCGAACCCACACGCCUGGACUCGACUUGACCUCCUUUGACAUGACAAUGUUUUCUUCUGCGCUGAGGUACUUCCACACACGUGGCGAUCUGCUCUGGUAUUCCAACACCCCAUCCUUGGCGGAUUUCGUCUUUGUUGACCCCAACUGGCUGCUUCAUGACGUGCUGGGGAGAGCGCUGACGCCGGAUGGCGUGCAGCAAGGCUCGAUCACAAAAAAAGGCGUUGUGACCUUCACAGACCUGGAAACCGCAUUUGAUGGCAUCGCCGACGCAGAUCUCGUCAUCAACGUGCUGCAGCACAUGCUCUUCUGCUUCGAGCUGCCGCCUUCGAACUAUGGCCAACAGCGAUUCAUGCUGCCGAGCCGUGUUGAGGAGGAAGUCGAUCUCGCAACCGCCUGGCCUCAAGCUGGUUUCUGGCCCCUCUAUGCCGGACGACUGCUGGUGGUCGAGAAGAAGGCGCUCGCACUGCCACCUGGCUUCUUCCCACACGUGCAGACGCUGCUGCACAAUUCGUUUGGCACAACCCUUAGGGUGUGGGAGGAUGCCUUCUUCUGUGAACACGAUGGCGUGCAGUGCCUCGGACUGCUGCGUGGCGAUCGACAAGUCGACGUCUGGGUGCGGGCAUCUUCUGGCGCAGAGCACAAAGCCCUGCCAUUCAUGACAAAGGUGCUGUCAGUGCUGCAAGAGGAGGCAAGAGGGAUUGACCACGUCCACCUCGUCCUCAGCACGAAACACCUGAAGCGCCACGAAAAGUACCCAGCUGCGCACAAGCUUGAGGAUCUGACAGGCAAGGACCCAGACGAGCUCGUCACAUCCACGCACCACAGGGAAAGCCAGACCCCAGUGUCCGACCGCGUUGGCGAUCUGUUCCUGCAGGCGCCCACGCAACCACCACCCGUCAUGCCGUCUUGGCAGUUGCGCGACCACGAAUGGCACCACCCUGCUUGGCGGCUCGACGAUGCCUUUGAUGAGCAGCUUCCAUGGAGCGGGCCAAGUUCACAUGGCGUGUAUUCGGCACCCUUGCCACCAAACACCGACCUCUAUCGAUGGAUUGAGAGUCAGAUGGCGCCGGGCCUCACCCUGUCGCGCGUGGAGAUGAUCAAGUCCACCACAAUGCUCGAUGCCUUUCACACCGAAAUGAAGAAAUCGGCGACUCGUCGUGGUGGUCAAAAGCCCUUCAACAAGGACUUUGGGGCUGGCGAUCCGGAGAAACAAGCCAUGCUCGAUCGGCUCAAGACGCAGUUUGCAGAAACACCCGACAGCGUGAAGCACGUCAAUGUGCUGAUUGGUUUCCACGGCUGUGACGAGGCUGUCACCGACGACAUCACCGCCGCGGGCACCGCCAACCUCAGUAACCCGAACGACCCUGGCUUCUUUGGUGCUGGCAUCUACCUCACGCCGCAGGCCAAUUACGCGGCUGGCUACUCGACACGCCUGCUGACUGGAAACUGGCGCGCACCCAACGCAGAUGGCGAGCACGUAAUGCUCCUGUGCGCUGCCAGCGUCGGCCUCGCAUACCCGAUCACCAGGAGUAAGGACUACCCAUCGUCUGGGGAAAACAAGUGCAAGAAGUUCUGGGGCAAGAAGCUGAAGAACGGCUGCGACACCCAUUAUGCUCAAGUGACGAAACGCAUGAGCUAUCAAUCCACCGACACGCCUGCCACCUUUGACUUCGAGGAGUAUGUGGUCUCACAAGAGGCGCAGGUUUUGCCAUUCGCCAAGGUGUUUGUCAAGGUGGACAAAACAGCACUCGCAGCGCAACUCUAGCCACAUGUGUGCGCGUGUGUAUGUGUGUCUGUCUGUCCGCCCGUCUGUCUGUUCAUCU